GAGACUGCUGGCUGCUCGCUGCCAUUGGUUCUCUGACUCUGAACCAACGUCUGCUGCACCGCGUCGUUCCUCACGGUCAGAACUUCAACCAACAAUACGCCGGCAUCUUCCACUUCCAGUUCUGGCAGUUCGGGGAGUGGGUGGACGUGGUGAUCGACGAUCGUCUGCCGGUCAAAGAUGGCGAGCUGAUGUUCGUACACUCGGCUGAAGGCAGCGAGUUCUGGAGCGCUCUGCUGGAGAAGGCCUACGCCAAGCUGAGCGGCUCGUAUGAGGCCUUGUCUGGCGGCAGCACCACCGAAGGCUUUGAGGAUUUUACAGGCGGCGUAGCGGAGAUGUACGAUCUGAAGAAUGCUCCACGAGAUCUUCAUCGCAUCAUCAUCAAAGCUCUGGAGAGAGGAUCCCUGCUGGGCUGCUCCAUCGAUAUCACCAGCGCCCUCGACAUGGAGUCUGUGACCUUUAAGAAGCUGGUCAAAGGCCACGCCUACUCUGUGACUGGACUCAGACAGGUGGAGCACCGUGGGCGUCAGGUGCGUCUGAUCCGGAUCAGAAACCCCUGGGGUCAGGUGGAGUGGACCGGCGCCUGGAGCGACAGCUCCUCAGAGUGGAACGCCAUCGACUCAGCUGAGAAGGACGACAUGCUCUGUAAGAUGGAGGACGGAGAGUUCUGGAUGUCUUUCCAGGAGUUCCUGCGUCAGUUCUCCAGGUUGGAGAUCUGUAAUCUGACACCGGACGCUCUGAGUCAGGACUCCACCAGCUUCUGGACCACUGUGACGUUUGAAGGCGGCUGGAGGAGGGGGAGCACCGCCGGCGGCUGCAGGAACCAUCCCAACACGUUCUGGAUCAACCCUCAGUAUAAGAUCUCCCUGCUGGAGGAGGAUGACGACCCUGAAGACGACGAGGCUGCCUGCAGCUUCCUGGUGGCUCUGAUGCAGAAAGAUCGCCGCCGCUACCGCAGCCACGGACAAGACAUGCACACCAUCGGCUUCGCUAUCUACGAGGUCAGAGGUCAUAAAGAU